AAAGACGCGGAAGAGCUUGGUCGAAGUGUAAAAUCAUCAUCGGUGACUCCUAUAAGUAGAUUGAUGGCAGUUUUGAGGUUUUUCGCUGAAGGAAGCUACCAACACGCUGUUGGGAAAGAUUUUGAUGUGGGGUUGGCGCAAUCCACGUUCUCGAAAACAUUAACAAAAACGUUAAACCUCUUGGAACGCCGACUGUGCCCAGUAUGGAUUAAAUUGUCAAUGACGGAGGAGGAAUAUAAACGAGCCAAAAUGUGGUUUUACAGGAGAACGCAAUUCCCUUCGUUAUUAUGUGUGUGGACGGCACGCACAUUAAAAUACUUUCUCCUGCAGACGAACCGUAUUUAUACUACAAUCGUAAGGGAUACUACAGCCUAAAUGCAAUGGUGAUUUGCGAUUACAAGAUGCCAAUAAGGUGUGCUGAUGCUUGGUUUCCAGGCAGUAGCCACGACUCACAUGUGUGGAAUGUAAGCGCUGCAAAAACCUAUUUUGAAGAGAUAUAUCGGCAAGGAGACAAACCAACUUGGAUAUUAGGCGAUGCUGCAUAUCCAUUACAGCCGUGGUUAAUUACACCAUUCGGUUCUCCUGUGGAAGGAAGUCGAGAAAGCGCCUUCAACAAAACGCACAGUAAAGCUCGCACAUAGUCGAAAGAGUCAUCGGCGUUUUGAAAAAUAGAUUUUCAUGCCUUCUAAAUACUCGCCAACUACAUUAUUCGCCCCAAAAAGUGGUACAAAUA